GAGGGGGGUCAGUACACCUACUAGUGUAAUUGUAAUCUUUCCCAUUAUACACAUUCAUACGCUACAUUCACAGCUUUCUUUGUAUUUAUCUGUGUCUGUUCUGCCAUAAAUUGCUUCAUUUAGCUCUUCAUCUUCUUGGCUAGUGGCUACAAUGGUGUCUAAGCUAGACAUAGUUACCAACCCUUCUUCACUUCUCCACUAAGCUAGGUGAUCAUCUCUGUUUAGCCCCUUCAGACACAAAAUAACUUGUACUUUUUAUCUGUUCCAAUAUAAACUUCGGAGUGAGCGUGAAUCGAACUCAGAAUCUACUACGAUAAGCCUUUAUCACUAGAAAGAAAUUGAGGUGCACCUAGUUUUCGGACCAGAUACUUGAUAACAUGGAUCAUAAGACAUGGCUUUGGAGGAAAAAGCCUUCGGAGAAAACAAUUCUUGCAACAGAUAAAACCGACCAAAAUGAAGAAGAGAAAGAAGUUCAUCUGGAGAGUCUAGUGAAAAACCUAAACGAGACGUUAACAUCUGUUCUUCGCGAUUCUAACACCAAAGAUGAUUUGGUGGCAAAACAUGAGAAGAGAGCUCAAGAUGCUAUUGCAGGCCAGAAGAAGGCGGAGAUGGAGGCAGUUUUUCUAAAGCAAGAACUUGAUGAGGCUUUGUUGCAGAAUGUAUCAGCAAAUGAAACGAUCACUUAUCUAACUUCUGCAUUGAAGGAAUCUAUACAAAAAAUUGCUUCUGCACGAGAGGAUCAUGAGAAAAGUUUGCAUGAUGCUGUUAUGAGUACAUCAAGAGAAUUCGAGAAGGUACAAAAGAAAUUAGAGGAUAGGUUUACGGAAACAACUAAAAGAUUAGAAAAUCUGAUGGUUGAGAAUUCCCAUUUAAGUGAAGCACUGUUGUUGAAAGAGAAUAUGAUUCAAUCUCUGAAUAGACUCAAAGCUCAGACAGAGACAGAGUUCGAGACACUUAUGGCUAGGCUAGAUAAGAUGGAAAAAGAAAAUGGUUUCUUGAAGUAUGAGUUUCGGAUUCUUGAGAAGGAGCUUGAGAUUCGAAAUGAGGAGUUGGAAUUCAAUCGUCGGUCUGCUGAUGCAUCACAUAAGCAACAUUUGGAGAGCAUGAAGAAGGUUUCAAAGUUGGAGGCAGAAUGUCAGAGAUUAAGAGUCUUGAUGCGGAAAAGACUUCCAGGUCCAGCUGCUUUUGCAGAGAUGAGGAAUGAAGUAGAAAUUCAUGGAAGAAAACACACAGAGACUACGAGAAGAAAUAUGAAUAAUGCGACAGGAUUAACUAUUGAAAGAUCUUCCGAGACUUAUGGUAAAAAUUCAAGCUUUCUAAUAGGAAGGCUGUCCAUAGUCGAGGAAGAAAACAAAAUUCUGAAAGAACUUCUAAUCAAGAAAGAUGAUGAAAUCCAUUCUUCAAGAACCUCAUUUUCUCAAACAGCUUCCAAAUUAUCACAUGUCGAGGCUCAGCUAAGAGAUCUCUUAAAAGAUCCAAAACAUGUAAAGAAGUCCAUGUACGGUCAUUCAUCCAAUAGGUCUCUGUCAUCUAGUUUUGAUCUUGCAUAUGAUGAUGAACUAGUUCAUUCUAGAUCAUUGGCUUUGAUCUCACAGGAGGAAGCAAAAAGUACACCUGACUGCAAAAUGACUGGAGUUUCAGACAUGAGCCUUAUGGAUGAUUUUGUUGAGAUGGAGAAAUUAGCAAUUGUUGCAGUUCAUUCCCCGUCAGGAAGUUCUCAAGUUUCUUCAGAUGUGAGUAAAACCUUCUCUAAUCGCUUGAUGAGCGAUUCAAGAGAACAUGAUUUAGAAAUUAGUGGCAAGGAACUAGUUCCAGUAGAGCCUCUUGUUGAAAUUAGUGAUGCUUGUUGGCCUCAGGAUGUGUUGAAGGUAAUUUUGGAUCAGAAGCGGAUUUCAAAUAAAAGCCUUGAUGAACUUCUGGAGGAGAUAAAAGUAGCUUUAUCUAACAAGAUACGUACGAGUUCCAAGGAUUUUGAUCAGGCUGCUCUACUUCCUGUUAGUGGUUACAUCACUUGGAAAACUCCUACUAGUUCUCCACUGAAGGAUUGUCUUAAAAAAAUGUCCGAUAUAGGCAUUUUAGUAGACGAACGUGAAUCCUCAAGAAAUGAACCAAAGAUUGUAAAAGCCCAGGACGAGGACUUGGAGGCAUUGCUGAAAGUGGCAAAUGAGAAGAAUGAUAAACUGAUGUUACAACUUGCAGAAACAGAAGAAAGAAUCGGAAGCCUACAAACUGAGCUCGGGACACUAAAAGAAUCAAAAAGUAUUAUUGCGGAGCAACUAGAACAUCAGAAGUUGUUAAAUGAGGAUCUACAUAUGCAACUUACAGUUUCCAAACUAGAACUCGAUAAACUUUAUGAAAAGUUAUCAUAUCUUGAAGUGGAACUCGAGGAAAGAAGUAGAUGCUGUGAAGAAUUCGAAGCAACUUGUCUGGAGCUUGGACUGCAACUAGAGAGUGUUACGAACAAGGACCGUACAAAGAAAGACCUGGAUCCAGAUAAAAAGCUACUCCAAACUGACUCCGAGAUCAAUGCUGCUUCUGCAAAAUUAGCAGAGUGCCAAGAAACCAUCUUUAACCUCGGAAAACAGUUAAAAGCACUGUCUUCUCGGAAGGAAUCAUCUGAAUUUGAAAAGGUUGUCUCUACUCCAAACACCACCGAGUCCAAAAGUAAGCUAAACCAGCGUUCAUCUCUGCGCGACAUGCUAGAUGAGCACAGUGGCGAGCCUACAACUCUCGAGUCUCCAAAAACAAAAGAGAUCAUAAGCACUUCAGAAAAAAAGAUAUCAUCCACUAUUCACUACAAGAAUCAGGAUGUUUUAAUAUCACCUAAAGUUCAUUUCCUUGGCGGAAAGCAUGAGGCCUUAACUCCGGUUAGGACUAUGGCCAUUAUCCCGAGUAAAAAACAGGAAGGAAGUAGUUUGUUGAAGAAACUAUUCCUUAGGAGGAAGAGGGGAACGAAGGUGAAGAGAUCUCUGUCAUUUCGCACAUAGACCAUAUGCAGGUUGAAGUUUUCAUUUUCGGAGUUUUGAAGAUUGGCUAGUUAGAAUUUGAGUUUAUGCGGUUUGGUUUGUGGUAUGUGAUCUAAGACGUUAUGUUUGUUAACUUAAUUUCCUAAAUGUUUUGCACUUUUGUGACCUUUUGCGCCUGUAGAUAUAGUUGACACUUGAAUAAUAACUUGGUUUUACUAUA